GCGUGCAGCGUCACGUGACCACGCCUGGCUGGCCAAGAUGGGUGCUGCCGGUGUGGCUUUGCUGUUGCUGUCUCUGUUUCUACCGCUACUGCUGCUGGGCGGGUGGAAGCGCUGGCAGCGUGGGCGCGCGGCUCGGCACGUGGUGGUUUUGGUGUUGGGCGACGUGGGCCGCAGCCCCCGUAUGCAGUAUCACGCCCUGUCGUUGGCUAAGUGCGGCUUCUCCGUGACCCUCCUGGGGUUCUGCAACUCCAAACCCCACAGCGAGCUCGUGGAGAGUGACAGAAUUCAGAUUGUGAAGUUGACUGAACUUCAGGGUCUUGCAGUUGGGCCCCGGGUUCUCCAGUACGGGGUCAAAGUUGUGUUUCAAGCAGUGUACUUGCUGUGGAAGUUGAUGUGGCAGAAGCCAGCAGCUUACAUCUUUCUCCAGAAUCCCCCAGGCUUGCCGAGCAUUUCCGUCUGCUGGCUGGUGAGCUGCCUGUGUGGGAGCAAACUGGUCAUCGACUGGCACAACUACGGUUACUCCAUCAUGGGCCUCGUGCACGGUGCCACACACCCAGUUGUCCUCCUGGCCAAGUGGUAUGAGAAGCUCUUUGGGCGCUUGUCCCACCUGAACCUGUGUGUGACCAAUGCUAUGCGGGAGGACCUAGCGGAGAACUGGUGCAUCAGGGCUGUGACUGUCUACGACAAGCCAGCGACUUUUUUUAAGGAGACGCCUCUGGACCUGCAGCACGAGCUCUUCAUGAAGCUGGGUCGCACCCACUCUCUGUUUAGGGCCCGCUCGGAACCCUCAGACCCAGCCACAGAGAGGUCAGCCUUCACGGAGAGGAAUACUCAGACCAGGGUGGUGACUCGUCUUUGCAGGCGGCCAGCACUACUGGUCAGCAGCACGAGCUGGACAGAGGACGAGGACUUCUCUAUCCUGCUGGCAGCAUUGGAAAAGUUUGAACAACUGGCACCCGAUGGAGACAGCCUGCCUUCUGUAGUCUGUGUGAUAACAGGCAAAGGGCCUCUGAAGGAACAUUACAUCCACCUCAUCAGCCAGAAGCAUUUCCAGCACAUCCAGGUCUGCACCCCUUGGCUGGAGGCUGAGGACUACCCGCUGCUUCUCGGGUCAGCGGACCUGGGAGUGUGUCUGCACAAGUCCUCCAGUGGUCUGGACCUGCCCAUGAAGGUGGUGGACAUGUUCGGGUGCUGCUUGCCUGUGUGUGCUGUGAAUUUCAAAUGUUUACACGAACUAGUGAAACACGGAGAAAAUGGCCUGGUCUUCGAGGAUGCAGAGGAACUGGCAUCUCAGCUGCAGGUAGCAUGCCUGCCCAUCCUGCAGUUUGGAGGGUGUGGAGACACAUGGCAUGGUGGGACUCUGCAGGGUCUGGAGGAAAAGCAGAGGGAGGCAGGGAGGCAGCAGAGGUCCCAGAGGUGGCCGUUCUUGCCGUGGGCUCCCAUACAUGCAGCCAAUGGGUGCAGAAGGGCCAGGGCAGGCCCUGACUGGGUCUGUGGAGCUGACACCACACAAAAGAUGGAAGUGCUGCCAUUUAGGGAGUGAGCAGGAUCACACCAUGGAGCUUUGUGGACCAGCCUUAUGAAGGGUGGGACUCCAGAGCAUACUGCUUUUUUCUUACAAAAAUUAACACACUGUCAUUCUUGACAGUUGAAAGAUCUGUGGACAUUUUUUGUAAAGGUCUAGGUAGAAAACAUUUCAGGCUUUGUCUGGCAUCUCUGAGAGCCAUACGCUCCACUGUUUCAUGGAAGCGGCUACUAGCAAUCUAGACAGAGGGGCUGGGUUCCAACAAUACUUUUCUUACCAAGACAGAUGGGCUGGAUUUGGCCUAUAGUCUAUAGUUUGCUAAUCCUAAUGUAGGCUGUUCAGCAAAGUGCAGACCUGGCCUGCUCCUUCCUGGCAGGUGUGAGAAAAGCAGGCUGAGGCCAGGUCUACUCCAGGGCACAGGGUGUGGGAAACUAGAAGACAAGGCUCUCUGAAGGCCCAAGAAGGCAGUGGGGACUUGAGGCAGGCGUUACAGGGUGGGAAUCCUGUGGCCAGAGCUGUCAGCCAGCCAGACGGGAAGCUGGGUCUGCAGGGGAAGGCCCUAGCAAGGGGCUGGACGUAUUGAUGAGCUAACUUCUGAGCUUUAUUUUCCUGUAGAUGCUUUUAUCCAAGUUUCCUGAUCCUGGUGGCAAAUUAAAUCAGCUCCGCAAGAACCUCCGAGAGUCAGAGCAGCUUCGGUGGGACGAGAGCU